CCCUUACUUCUUGGACACUACGCUGAAAACCACUAUGAAAGCCUGGACAUUGCAAUUAAUGGUAUGUUUGAGUCUACUAUUUCUACCAAAACUGAUUGUCCUUUAAUCAAUAGAUGAUCCUGUCACAGAAACUGAAUCCAGCAACGAACUAGAAGUUACAAGUAUGAUGACACGCGAUCUGCCAAUUAAACUCACAUCACUUUAGGUCUAUGAAUUUUGUAACUAGACAAAGCAGUACACUGUUGUUUGCAAGACUUGGAAGCUGUUGAAGCACAGGCCACUGAAGCGGUUCCAAGUAGUUUACCAAAGAAACAAAGACUUCAUCCGUUUUAUGUUGUGUCAUUGAAAGAGCAGAAAGAAGUGGAUGAAAUGAUGGCUACAGCAUUUCAUGAAGAGACUAGUAGCACACCUCUCAGAUGUUCCAACUUCCUCGGUUUAGUAACAGUUGGUGACAUAUCACGACUACAUCCCAAACGAUGGCUCAAUGACAAUCUAAUCAAUGCAUUGUCACGUUAGUGGGAAAUUGAUGCUCAGCUUGUGGGAAAGAAAGUUAAAGCAUUAAAUACCUAUUUUUUUGAAAAGCUGGACAAAGAGGGCCCUCAAGCUUUAAGACCAUGGACAAGGAAAUGGCUGGUGAGAUCACACCAAGAAAAUCAAACACAGUAUGUCACAAGUGCUUGAUUGUAAAUUAUAUAGAAAGAACUUCUUCAUUAUGAUAUUCUCAUAAUGCCCAUACAUUGGCCUAUAAAGCAGCAUUGGUGUUGUACUGUUUGUCGUUUAGUUUGUCUAAACCUUGUUUUGAACUAGUGGCAAGAAUAUUUUAGAUUAUAGACAUUAACAAGAAAGAAAUUCGUUACUAUGAUCCACAAAUGAUUAUGUGCUCAGACGUUUUUCCUAAGACAAGACAGUGGUUGUCAGAUACAGCAAGACAGACAGGAGAAACAUAUGUGGAUGGUAACUGGCGUGACAUUACUGUGAAAAAUGCUCCAAGGCAGCUAGACAGUUGCAGCUGUGGCGUCUACUGUUUAAUGUACAUGAGACAAGAAGCAGUCGCUAAUAACCAACACUUCUGUGAGAGUGACAUUGAUGAAAUUCGAUCUUGGCUAGUGCACAGACUAAUAACAUUUUCAGCUCAAAGCGUAACAACUCAGCAAAGCUCACCCUUGGAAACCGAUACCAAAACCAAAAACUCAAGUGAGAACAUGGAAAGUUUGCAGUCUCAGCUGUUUGAUACCUCGCUGCUGCGACUUUGUCAAACAGCGGCAAGUUCAGAAGAAUGGAGAGCAGAAGAUGACGAUAAUAUGCAACUCAGAGAACAUAGUAUAGCGCCUGGAGACUGCUGGCUUAGCAUUGAUCCCUGGGUAGCUUUGUGGUUGGACUACAGAAGUUUUAACAACAUGCCUCCUUUGAAAACAGCUGGUGAUUUUGUUUUGGUGAGCAUUGACCAACACAUACAGCAGAGGGAAUUUACUUCAAGCACCACAACCUUUGACAUAUGUCUACUACCAGCAAUUGAUUUGUUCAAAUUCUGGAGCACAUACAAGUGCAAGAAACCACGCCCAAACACUGUCCAUAGGAAUGGAAAAGAAUACCUAGCUCUUGACAGGUCUAUAGUAGAUGAUCUGUGCGUAUGGAUACGUGAAAUGAGAGAGCAGUUUGAGAAGCAUGGGAGAAACAUUUCUUAUUAA